AUGCAGAACACGCUCCCCUGGGUGGGCCGCGCCACGAGGAUACAACAAGGCUGCGCGCGCACAAGCUCUGUCGCCUCUGCCGCCAAGCAAGCGAAGGCGAGGAGGAGCUCUAGGAUGACGCAGCUGCUUAUUGGAAACGUGUUCGGUACACCAAUGAUUGCGGAUCGCGAGGCGUGGGACCUGAGCACCAAAAUGGAUCAGAAGUUAGAGCACUUAUUCCCCGGAAGAGCAAGGCACGUGGCAAGAGUUGAGGCCAGGUCAACGCACAAGGACGUGAAGAAGGUAUCAAUACAGUAGCACUUUACGCAGUUUAUGGUCCGCGCCAGCUGUGGGCCCCUCUUCGUGUCAAUGCCUCGCUGUGAUCAGGGUCGUAAGAAGCAUGAGAGCUCAACGUAGACGCACCCAACAGUAGAUAGAAAAUUCCGCUAGGUAGGACAACGUAGCGCACUUAAU